AUGACCAACAUCGACGCCGUCAGAGACAAAUUCUACGAGGACCUGCACGCCCCCUUGGCGACUGUGUCGAAGGCGGACAAGUUGACUGUCCUCGAUGACUUCAACGUCCGCGUCGGCACAGACCAUACUGCCUGGAGAGGAGUGCUGGGUCCUCACGGUCUCCGCGGCUCAAAUGACAACGGACUGCUGCUGCUCCGUACCUGCGCAGAACACCGCCUCAUCCGGACGAACACCUUCUUCUGCCUGCCGGAGCGAGAGAAGGCCACCUGGAGGCAUCCCCGGUCGCGCCAGUGGCACCUGCUGGACUAUGUCCUCGUCCGGAGGCGAGAUCAGCGGGACGUGCUGGUGACGAAGGCGAUCGCGGGUGCUGACGGGUGGACCGACCAUCGCCUCGUCAUCUCGAAGAUGCGUAUUCGCUUACAGCCUCGCAAGAGACCGCAAGCUAAGCGACCCCCAAGUAAGCUGAAUGUUGCCUUGUUGUCCUUGCCCGCUCAACACCUUCAUUUCAGCAAUGAGCUAGCUCAACGGCUAGACAAACUUCCUAUCGCUGCCGUAGACGACGUCGCCGCCGCUGCCGAGAACGCCUCCGUGGAGAACCGCUGGUGUCAACUGCGAGACACGGUCCAGUCGACGGCGCUCGCCGUCCUCGGUCGCGCUCCCCGCCAACACCAGGACUGGUUCGACGACAACGGCGCCGCCAUCAGAAAUCUGCUUGCUGAGAAGAACCGCCUGCACAAAGCCUACGUCGAUCACCCCACUGAUGCCACCAAAGCUGCCUUCUACCGCAGUCGCCGCCAACUUCAGCAACGACUGCGCGAGAUGCAGGACGCCUGGACUGCUCGCAAAGCUGAGGAGAUCCAAGGCUACGCGGACCGCAACGAAUGGAAGGACUUCUUCUCCGCAAUCAAAGCUUUCUACGGUCCGCCGACGAUGGGGCACUGCUCCUCUCCUCAGCGCCGACGGUAGCACUCUCCUGACUGAGAAGACACAAAUCCUACAGCGAUGGGCCGAGCAUUUCCGAGGCGUCCUCAACCGCCUCUCCUCCUCUCCGCCGCCAACUAACUCUGACAAUUCUUCUGAACCACCACUUCCAUCGUCGUCGUCGUCGUCGUCGUCGUCGUCGUCGUCGUCGUCGUCGUCGUCCUCCUCCUCCUCCUCCUCCUCCUCCUCCUCCUCCUCUUCCUCCGCCUCCUCGCCCACUGCUCCAACGACGGCCGCUCAGGCGACUGUCCCGCGCGCAACAACCGACACUACCAUCACCUCCCCCGACUCCAGCGAUGAGGAUCAGGACUACACCUGUCCUCACUGCGAUCGCACCUUCACCUCACACAUCGGCCUGGUCUGUCACUUCCGAAUCCAUCGCACAGAGACUGGCGAACCAGUGCCUGGAGCACCGACCUAUACCCACCAAGCUCGCCUCAACUGCCCACACUGCCCUCGCACCUUCAGGCAUCGUAUGGGCCUAUCCGGCCACAUGCGCAUCCACGAGAGCGGCCUUGACUGCACUCCCGACACACCCACCACAUCCAACACAUCAACCGUGCACACCCCCACACUCACUCUAUCCCUUUGCGCCGCCACCACCACCACCGCCUCCUCUGUAGCUGACAAUGUCACCGCCGACUUCUCAUGCCCACACUGUCCACGCACAUUCACCUCUCGCAUCGGCCCGGUCGGUCACUUCCGAAUCCAUCGCACAGAGACUGGCGAACCAGUGCCUGGAGCACCGACCUAUACCCACCAAGCUCGCCUCAACUGCCCACACUGCCCUCGCACUUUCAGGCAUCGCAUGGGUCUAUUCGGCCACAUGCGCAUCCACGACGACCUGCGGUAG